AUGUCAUGGCCUAUCGUCGUAAUUACCGGUGCGAAUAGCGGCGUUGGCUUCGGUAUUUGCCAACGGUUACUCUGUCAAUUAGCAGAAAAAAUACCUUCUGACACUCUUAUCAAACCGCGAGAACUGUCUGGGAAUUCUGAGAAAGAUGUCCGCGAAGCAGACCGAUUCGUACUUCCCUGCGAAGGCAUAACAUUGAUCAUGGCAUGUCGAAGUGUUCAGCGAGCGGAGGUCGCGCGUCAAAAGUUGCUUCAAAUACUCGACGAACGCGUUGAAGCGCUCAGGAAUACCCCUAGUUACGACGGUCAUGCGGAAUAUUUCCGCAAGAAUGUUCAAAUAAAAAUACAUUCUGUGGAUCUCUCUUCACUUGAGACCAUUCCAAAAUUUGUCCAGGAGUUAGAGAUUAGCUAUCCUUAUGUGUCUCAUUUGAUAUGCAACGCCGGAAUUGCCCCGUUCAUUUCGAUAAACUGGCCGUCGUGCAUUCAUCAACUUUUGACAGACCCAUUGGGAGCAGUUACUACGCCGACAUAUUAUUUACAGACAUGGGGCGAAGUGAGUCAGGAUGGAUACGGUUUUACGUGGCAAUGUAAUGUCUUCGGUCACUAUACCCUUUACAAAGAUUUAUACCAUUUGCUUUCCUCUUCGAAGUACCGUUAUGAUUCACGCGUCAUUUGGACCUCUUCUUUGGAAUCGAAGAAAACUUAUCGUGCGGAAGACUGGCAACUCAAAGAAACACACGAUCCGUAUGGCUCGUCGAAGUACCAAGUCGAGCUGAUUUCUGCGGAACUGGAUAGACGCGUAUCGGAUGAACCCAAUGCAUCGAAACGCGUGAGGCAUUUUACUGCUCAUCCAGGUGUCACCCAUACAAAUAUCGAUCUCAAUCUCAUCAAUCCUUUGCUUCACUAUCUUAAACAUUUCAUAUUCUAUCUCGCACGUUGGAUUGGAUCUCCUAACCAUCCCAUAGCGCUCGACAAAGGCGCUGUAUCAGUUGUCUGGCUCUCUAUAAUCUCUUUAUCCACUUUGACUGUAUUCAGCGCAUCGAAAAAAGGUUCCAAGGGCGACCCUUUGUCGAACAAAUCUGGUUCGCGCUCAGGUGUUCGCCCUAGACUGAAAUUUGCUGCACAGACGGAUUUUUGGGGUCAUUCGUGUGUUGGGGUGACAAAAAUUGAGGGCGGAGAGAAAUAUAGUGAAGAAGGCAAGGAACUAGUUGAUAACUGCGAAAAUUUGUAUCAAGAUAUCAAGGUAGCUCGUAAAUGA